AUCACCUUCAGUCAUUUCUCCGCCACAACCCCCUCUCUCUCUCGCCCGAGACUUUCCCUCCAAAAACCAGCUCUUCACCUUCUCCAUAGGAGCUGUCACAUCGGCCUAGAUCUGUAACUCGGAGUGCCGUCGGAAAUGGAAGGCAAAGGUGCCGGUGGUAGGAAGGGAGGCGACAGGAAGAAGUCCGUCUCGAAGUCCGUGAAGGCGGGGCUCCAGUUCCCCGUUGGCCGUAUCGCCCGUUUCCUCAAGAAGGGCCGCUACGCCCAGAGGACUGGCACCGGAGCUCCGAUCUACCUUGCUGCCGUCCUCGAGUACCUCGCCGCUGAGGUGCUGGAGCUGGCGGGGAAUGCGGCCCGUGACAACAAGAAGACGAGGAUCAACCCAAGGCACGUGCUGCUGGCGGUGAGGAACGACGAGGAGCUGGGGAAGCUGCUGCAGGGCGUGACUAUCGCCAGCGGUGGUGUCCUCCCCAACAUCAACCCGGUCCUGUUGCCGAAGAAAUCCACCUCUGACGCCGAGAAGACCUCUCUGCCAAAAUCACCCAAGAAGGCUUAAGACUGUUCCUUCAAUGGCCCUUUUGUAAAUUCAGUCGUCUCAGCGUAGAUGGGCUUAAAGUUUUUUUUUUUUUUUGCUAUGUCUCUUUUUGUUAGGAUAAGGCCCUCUGACCCUUUUUGUUCAUCUUGGUUCCAAACUCUCGGGCUUCUCUUCUGGUUGCGCGUCUAUGUAAAGCCCUGAACGACUUUGAUCAAUGGAUUUAACAUUU